UUGGACAUGGCUCGAGCUCGCAUGGAGCCGCGCGUGCGCAAGCAGCAAAACAAUGAGCUCGAAACCAUGGCGAGCCCAGUCCUUUCGGGGUGCACGUGCGGAUCAGGUCAGCAGCUGGAAGAGGAGCAUGAAAGAAUCAUGGUGCAAAGUUGCAGUCUUUCUGUUCGUGCAGACGCUGCUGCAGCAAGAGAGGAGGAGUUGGAGAAAAGACUGCGAGGGCUGGAUGCUGAGUUGAAGCGGCUGGAAGCAGCUGAAGAAGAGUUGCGCUGGUCUCAAGAAGAUGUUGAGGCCGCGUGUUCAGAAGCAAGGCAGGCACUUGAGGAUGCGCGCGAGAGGGAGAAGGCUCUUGAGGUCUCAGAGGAGGACCUGGCCCGAGCGGCCGCGGAGUUGCGUGAGUUGGAGCUGAAGGUGGUGGAGAAAGAAUCAGCGUUGGCUCAAGACGAGUCUGACCUGAUUGAGGCCAGAAAUUUGGUGGAGCAGGAGAUCAGUCGUUUGCAGGAUCAACGUGACCUUGCUGAACAGGAGGCCUUGUCCUUGCAGUCGGAGUUCGAUGACCUUGGCCAUCUACUUGAUGAGGUUGAGAGGGAGCAAUGGACUUUGGAGUCCGACAAGAAUCUCUUAGCAGAGAUUGAAUCGCAGGUAGAACCCAUCCGCAAACGUCUCGUGGAACGAGAGCGACGUGUGCGGAGUGAAGAAGAUGAGCUUAAAGCCUUGGAGGCGAGUUGUGACGAACGAGAGGCUUCCUGUCCUGAGUACGACGAGAGCUCCAAAGGGUCCUGCUUGGCUCAAAGAAGCCAAGAACUGGAGAUCCAAAUCCAGGAGAGACGCCAAGAGCAGCAAAGGCUGCUCCAGCAACUCCAAGAUUUGAGCGAUGGCACAGAUCUCAAUGCUGACGGGGCUUCUGAGGAGGAGAUGCGGUCAAAACUCAUGCAGUUUCGAAACUCCGAAAGUGAUUGGGCCGAAUCUGUGCGAUUGCACCAGCACCGCUGCCUCACUUGGCGAUCGAGCAUGGACCUCCAACACUCAGUGGGAAUUUCAGGGUGGAAGUACAAAAGCUCGAAGCAAAAUUGAAAGAGUUCAAGGGAAAGAACUCCAAGCAAGUCUCCAGGAGCUGAGCUUGGUGGGCAGUUUGCAAUACGAGUCGGCCACCUGAGCACCGAGACCGUGCCAAUGAGCACGAUUUGUUUGAGAAAACUGUGAGAAGUCAAAUUGAGCAUGAAGGCUUUGUGACUGCGCCUUCAGGU